CUUUCUCAUCGUCAGCCUCUUUUCGCAUUUGUCAGGUCUAGUGUCGAUGCCCAAGGCCCUCACCUCCUGUUCCUGCAUCCUCCUAAAACAAUAGCGGCACUUUUGUUGACAUCUCUCCGCAUUAUUCUUGUACUCUGCUCUUAUGGAUCCCCAUCCAUCCCUGUCUAGAACCACAUAACUUCAUCCACUUUCACGGAGGCAGUUAUCCGUCCCUGAAUGUUGCAUUAUUAAACACUGACGGCAGUCUCUAUAUCCGGAGAAGCUUAUGGCCCCAAGGAUGGCUUAUGAUAUUAUCGAACCCUUGCACUGACGCCUUGUUCCUCAUUCUUCCCGGCUAUGGCGCAAUCUCCAUAUCUCGCCCAACAGCACUCUCCCCAGUCCUCUCCUUCUCAGUCUUUGCGAGCGGCUAGCCCUCCGGCCACCGUCGAAACAAUCGUCUCGUAUCUAGUUGCGUCCAAACGGUCAUUGGGCAGCAUCCACCUUGUUCACCGAGCCACAAACAUCCUGACAGAAGCACGUGCUUCCAUUGAAUCUACCACUGCCCUCCUCGCAAAGACAACAUACCUGCGUCGUUCGUUAGCUUCACAACUCAAGAUUCUGCGUGGGGUACAGUAUGAGCUUGACUCGGCUGCUCAAACCAUUCAGCAAGAGUUUCAGACCAUAAUUCAAGAGUUGGACGAUACCGGAGCAAGGCUGCUACAAUGUAUAGAUUUCUUGAAGGAGACAUCCAUCGAGGAAGCCUUCAAAUCCACCACCGAAGCAGAAGGGGUCACAGGUAAGGUCACAUUACACGACUUCGUCGACGACAAUGGGGUGGAACAAAUCAAACAGGCCAUGAGAGCCGCUAUAGAUAACGUGCAGAACGAUGAGCACGAAAUAAAUCAAUCCAUACAAACCCUCGAGGAGGAUCUACAAUCCAUCAACGAUGUCCUCGUCAAUCGCACCAAUGAUUCAGGGGCUGAGAGUGAUCUCAAACAGCCGACCAUCUCCGCCACCCUCUCUAUUCUCGAACACCACGCCAAAGAAAUGGCACAGGGUCUGGAAAGUCUAGUCAAGCAUUUCGAUUUGUGCGUCACUGCCAUCAAACACACCGAGGGCUGCGGUGAAGCCGUCGUCCAGACCAUGAACACCAAUGCCGAAGACCUUCCUGAAGCCGUCGGUAUGGGCAUGGAAGAGUUACAGGCGCCGGCACAGCCCAUGAACGAAGAAGAACGAUUGGAGAUGCUUCAAGUUCUCGAAAACGACGCAAACGAAGUCGACGAAGUGGUCAUGGAGCUCCAGGAUCGGCAUGCCGAGAUGGAAGCUCAACUGGAGAGGAUUGUCCCGUGGCGCGAGCAGCAAGAGAAUGUCUAUGCAGACGUCACCACCGCGUUUCGCCUCAUGGACAAAAUCUCAGGUCGGUUAUCAGGAUACGUUGCAGAAACAGCACGGCACGCUAGUCGGUGGAACGAAGAGAAGGCCAAGAUCGAAGAUGGAAUAGGCGGAAUGGAAGAAUUAUGCAGCUACUACACCAACUUCCUACACGCCUACGACGGCCUGAUUGUCGAAGUGGACCGGCGCAGAGCGGCGAAGAAGGCCAUGGAACGCGUCGUCGUCCAAGCUCAUAGUCAACUCGACCAGCUGUACGAGUCUGAUCGGCAGUUACGUGUCAAGUUUCGAGAAAAUAUGGGCGAGUUCUUGCCGGGAGAUAUCUGGCACGGCGUGAAUGACUUGCCGCCACGGUUCGAGAUCAACAGGGUCGACGAAGGGUUUGAAGCCAGUGUACCCGAUAUACCCAGGCGGACGGUCGAGGAGGCCGCAAGGAGAUUUAGUAAAGGGCGAUGAGAGAUGUAUUGGACCACCUAUAGUAAUUGCGACGACGGAGGUUGAACGGAGGUUGCCUGCCUGUAUGUGAGAGGAAAGGAAGAAUUAGCGAAAGUCCAUUGCCAGAAACGUAAUGAAUGUGAUUAAUCAUGAUGAGAACAACGG